GGUAUCAAAAUAACUUGUGAAUCGUGUAUCAUUCGGCAUUUGCACGAUAGUUUUGAAAAAUGGACUUCCGGUAAUGCAUUUAUUGACGGCCUCCUGCAAAGAUACCAAUUAGAACUACAAUUAACACCGGAAAAACUUGUUGAAUGGGUACCUUAUGAAAACUUUGAAAAUAUCGAAUACAAAACUAAAGGUGGAUAUGGAUUUAUAUAUACAGCAAUUUGGACCAAUGGAUGGAUUUCUGAUUGGGAUGAUGCUAAUAAACAAUUCAUCAGAAUUGGAUCAAAAAAGGUCGCUUUGAAAUUACUAAAUAAUUCAAGUAAUCCAAAUGAAGAAUUUUUUGAAGAG